CAAGCUGCACAGAGAUGCAAACACUCUUUACCACGCUCUUUGAAGACUAGCACUCGAGACCAAUCUGUAUCAAGAUGUCUAACAUAGCCCAUGUGCUGGCCAAAAGGAAGGACAAAGAGGAAGGACUGGGAGACAAUGACAAUGCCAUUCCUUUCAAUAACCAGGCUUUUGAGAAGCUGCGACGUGAGUGCUUGGACAGUGGCAAACUCUUCUGCGACCCCACGUUCCCUGCUGAAGCCCGCUCUCUAGGAUACAACCAGCUAGGACGAUAUUCCUCUAAGACCACAGGAGUGGAGUGGAAAAGGCCAUCGGAGCUUUGUCCAAACCCUCAGUUCAUUUGCGACGGCGCUACGAGGACUGACAUCCGACAGGGAGCUCUAGGUGACUGUUGGCUCCUGGCGGCCAUUGCCUCUUUGACUCUGGACACUGAUGUUCUGGGUCGGGUUGUUCCUGCUAACCAAAGUUUCACUGAAAAGUAUGCUGGCAUCUUUCAUUUCCAGCUUUGGCGUUAUGGUGAGUGGGUGGAUGUUGUCAUUGAUGACCGUCUGCCCACAAGAAACGGGGAGCUGCUGUUUGUUCACUCGGCCGAAGGGAACGAGUUCUGGAGCGCCCUGCUGGAGAAAGCCUAUGCAAAGGUGAACAGCUCUUAUGAAGCUCUUUCCGGUGGCUCCACCACUGAGGGCUUUGAGGAUUUUACCGGUGGAAUUGCAGAGAGCUAUGAACUGCUAAGACCCCCACCGACUCUGUUCAACAUCAUCAAGAAGGCACUGGAUCGUGGAUCUCUGCUUGGCUGCUCUAUAGACAUCUCCAGCGCAUAUGAAACAGAAGCAGUGACCAGGCAGAAGCUGGUAAAGGGACACGCCUACUCUCUCACAGGAGCAGAAGUGGUUCAUGUGUAUGGCAACCCAGUUCAGCUGGUGCGGCUGAGGAAUCCAUGGGGUCAAGUGGAAUGGACCGGAGCUUGGAGUGAUGACUCUAGCGAGUGGGAUCGAGUUCUACCAGACGAGAAGGCCAAACUCGAUCACUCAGCAGAGGAUGGAGAGUUCUGGAUGGCUUAUUCAGAUUUUGUGCAGCAUUACUCCAAGUUGGAGAUUUGUAACCUGACCCCUGAUACGCUAUCGAGUGAAGGAGUCGCCCGCUGGAGCUAUCAUCAGUUUGAAGGCACUUGGAAGGUUGGCUCUUCUGCUGGUGGCUGCAGAAACAACCCAGCGACCUUUUGCUCAAACCCCCAGUACGUGAUAAAGCUGGACGAGAUGGAUGAUGACCCCCAUGACGGAAUAGACGGGUGCUCCUUUUUGGUUGGAUUGAUGCAGAAAGAUAUGCGCCAAGAGAUGCAGUAUGGACGAGACCUCAACACCAUUGGCUUUGCGAUCUACAAGGUUCCUGAUGAGUUUAAAGGUCAAAAUAACAUUCACCUUGGCCCCGACGUCUUGCUGCGUCAGAGAGCUGUGGCCAUGAGCAACACCUUUAUAAAUAUGCGUGAGGUGUGCGGCCGAUUUAAACUGCCGCCCGGUGAAUACGUCAUUAUUCCAUCUACGUUCGAGCCGCACCGCAAGGGUAACUUCAUACUCCGCGUUUUUGCUGAGAAACACGCCACUGCCAGCCCAAUGGAGACUAACAUCAACGCCAAGAUUGUUAAGGAGAAGAUCUCUGAGACAGAUGUGGACCCACACUUCCAACUCCUCUUUAAGCAAGUUGCUGGAAACGAUUCUGAAAUUACAGCCUUAGAGCUGCAGAAGAUUCUGGACAAAGUCGUGUCUCAGCGAACUGACCUGAAGACGGACGGCUUCAGCAUGGAGACCUGUCGCUAUAUUAUCAGCCUGCUGGAUAAAGAUGGAAGUGGGAAACUCGGGCUGUUGGAGUUUCACACACUCUGGGUGAAGCUGCAGAAAUAUAUGGAGAUCUUCAAGAACCAUGACACAGACAACUCAGGCACUAUGAGUUCCCAUGAGAUAAGAGAAGCUCUCAGAAAUGCAGGCUUCCAGCUGAACACGCACAUCCUGGAUGUGAUAGUCAUGCGUUACGCCGAUCAGCAAUGCGCCAUUGACUUCGAUGCCUUUGUGGGCUGUAUAAUCCGCCUGGAGCUGCUUUUCUAUAUGUUCAAAAAGUUUGAUAAAAACAAUACUGGGAAGAUUGAGCUGGAUAUUCUUCAGUGGCUUUGCAUGGCCCUAAACUGAAUUCCCUCACCCAUGUCCUGUGGUGUCCUGAGGAGGCGACAGCACCAAUUUAUUCCACGCUCAUUGUGUUCUUAAGCAAAUCAGUGAAAAAUGUAGUUGACUUUUCGUUAUUGAGCCAGUUGUAAUGACAUGAACUGGUAUUUUAGAAAAAAUAUGAAAGGCAACAAUAAAUGCUAAUUGGACCCUG